AUGCAGAGAUCAGAUGGGAUUUAUGGCGCACUUACUGUCAGGCAAUCGCGAACUGUGGAAUAUAACAAUGAUACAUAUGAUUAUGACUUACCCGAACAUAAAAUGCUGCUUUCUGAUUGGCUAGACAGACCUGUACUUGAUAAAUUCAUCGCUCAUCAUCAUAGUAAUGGAAAUAAUAAACCAGAGGCGUUCCUUAUUAAUGGAAAAGGCAAAAGACAAGGUUUUCUAGAUCCAGUCUCCAACAAGACGAUCUACACGGAACGUGAG